AUAUACAAAGGAGAAAGCGAAUCGAUCAACCAUGAUCCCAGGAUUUCGAAAGGAUCGAUGAUCGAAUCGUUGAUCUAUCGAUCGAUAACCGCGUCGUGAUGGAGGCGACCCAGGCGAUCGGUAUCCGUCGGUUUUCUUCCGGUGAAAUCGCUUCACGAGAGUCGUUGUUCGGUGCGUUGUUCGGCCGGAAGUGGUCUGAGAUGGUUCGAGAUUUGGCGCGACAGCUUGCCAACUAAAAUGCGAGAGCUGAACGCGACCGCAUGUGCUGCCCUUUACGAGCGCGUCGAGUGGUCCGGACCGUGGAUCCUGGUUACCCUGAUCGUGCUCGCGAUAGUGAACGUGAUGGUGGUGCUGGGCAACGUGCUCGUGAUACUCGCUGUCUAUCAUACGAGCAAGCUGCGAAACGUGACAAAUAUGUUCAUCGUUAGCCUCGCGGUGGCGGAUCUGAUGGUCGGUCUGGCGGUGCUUCCGUUUAGCGCUACGUGGGAGGUUUUCAAGGUCUGGAUAUUCGGUGAUCUAUGGUGCUCCAUCUGGCUGGCGGUCGACGUAUGGAUGUGCACCGCGUCGAUAUUGAAUUUGUGCGCCAUCAGCCUGGAUAGAUACUUAGCAGUGACCAGGCCAGUCAGUUAUCCUCAGAUCAUGUCGCCGAGGAGAGCAAGGCUGCUGGUUGCAACCGUGUGGAUCUUGAGCUUCGUCAUCUGCUUCCCACCCCUGGUCGGCUGGAAAGACAAACGGUCUCAUCCCGCGCACAACAUGACGUUUGCUCAAAACGGACCGUUCAACACCACCACCAUCUUCGUCCCCAUGAAACCGUGUCCUUGGAUCUGCGAGCUGACCAACGAUGCCGGCUACGUCGUUUAUAGCGCUCUUGGUUCUUUCUAUAUACCGAUGUUGGUCAUGCUGUUUUUCUACUGGAGGAUCUAUAACGCGGCCGUCUCCACCACAAAGGCUAUUAAUCAAGGCUUCCGCACGACAAAGAGUUCGAAAAUGUUUGGCUCUAGAUUCGACGAAGAGAGGUUGACCUUGAGGAUCCAUCGUGGCCGAGGAAGCGUGCACAAUGGGAGCAACAACGGAAGUCCGAGGAGUCCUGAGUCGAACAGUCGGUGCUCGGUGAAAAGGGAGAAGAUAAAAAUCUCGGUGUCGUAUCCGAGCACCGAGACGUUGAAUACAAAGUGUAACACCCUCGAAAGAACGCCAUCCAAGUGUUCCCAGACCUCUGUGCAUUAUAGCAAUGGUCAGACGCACAGUCAAUUGUGUCCAACCCCCAGAAGCACUCAUUUAAAGGUGAGCGGCAUCAACAGGGUUGGAAGCACCAGAAGACCUAGCAGGAGGAACAGCUGCGAGAGUCAAAUGAUGGGUGAUGAGAUGUCGUUGCGGGAGCUCACUCAAGGCACCGAGGAGAAACCAAGGGUGAUGAAGAUGGGGAAGAGAAAUAUUAAAGCUCAGGUGAAGAGAUUUCGAAUGGAGACGAAGGCAGCGAAGACACUGGGCAUCAUCGUCGGCGGGUUCAUCCUCUGCUGGCUUCCGUUCUUCACAAUGUACUUGGUGCGCGCCUUUUGCCGCAAUUGCAUCCACCCCACUGUGUUUAGCGUACUGUUUUGGCUAGGCUACUGCAAUUCCGCAAUAAAUCCGUGUAUCUACGCGCUAUUUAGCAAAGACUUCCGGUUUGCGUUCAAAAGUAUCAUCUGCAAGUGUUUCUGCAAACGGCGGACGAACACUUUGAGACGCGGCAGCGAUGGAAGUCAAUUAGCGAUCAGAAACGAUCGGAGCCCAAGCUACUCGAUGCAAGUGCCCCAACAGGGGGUGUCCAUCGACGACUCGGACCCGGACCCAAGCUCAGAACCGACUGUGCAUUCGCAGAGCGAGUCGAGAUGACUGUAGCGUGCCAGGUGUGGCGCUCAGCGCGUCACCUUCGAUCCUAGAACCUCGAAAGUGAGGAUCCAAUCCUUCUGAGGAUUUCACGUUUCGUGCCGCGAAAUCGAGCACGACGAGAAUCGAGUGCGAAAGGAUGGACUGGGAUUCGCGACA